AUGAAACUUCUCAUUCUUGCUUUGGCUGUUAUUGCCAGUCUGAUGUAUGCUUACAAGGACGAAGUGGUCCCACUAGCUCACCACACUUUCUUACAAAUGCUUACAGACAAUCCUGACAAUCCUAUUGAUCCUGCUAAUCCAACUGGAUUUUCAGAAGAACAGUGCGAGUGGUACUUCGGACCUCCCUUUACACAAAAGAAAAGAUGCGAGAGAGGAGGAUGGUUCAACUGCAACUCUGCCUUUGUCAACUGCUGCCGUCACUUAAGAGUAUACUGUGACCCUACUCUGCCAGCAUAAGGUUAAUUUCUUACUUGUGAAUAACAAUGCUUU